CAUGUGCUUUCUCGUAAAAAUUUUUCGCCCCUCAGCUUCCUUUUCGUCGCCUUUCCCUUUAAUCGCGUAAGAAACAAAGCUAGCCGAUUAAAUAUUUCGCGAUGUUCCGUCAAAAUGCAUUGUCAUGUGUUUGUGUACGUCAGAUAAUUUUAUGACCUUUUUACUCUCUCUAUCUCUCUAUCUUCCUCUCUCCCUCUCUCUACGCUUGUUUUUAUCGAAAGUUUCUUGGUGUGCAACAUUUGUAGAUUAUCAUCGAUUUCCCGAUGCAGCAAUAUACAGUAAAGAACGACGACAAUGAUAGUUGUUGCAACUCGUCCACGUGUUCGGAAGUCGCGUCGAAUCCAAAAUCUAUGGAAAAUUUGGGAACAGAUACAAAGGAACUUACAAUGGAGCAGGAAAACAACAUUGACAAAUCACAGGAUACAACGGCUUUGCAAGAACCAUCUACGGAGAAUAUAAGUUUCACAGUGAUUUACAACAAACGCAAGAUUAGCGUGAAUUUUGCUUUGGAUGGUACAGUCGCUGAAUUAAAGACGCAUUUGCAGAAAAUUAUCUCAGUGCCGCAGGCAAUGCAGAAAGUUAUGUUUAAAGGAUUAGCCAAAGAUGAUCAGACUCUUAGGAAUUUGGGAAUAACGAAAGGUGCCAAAGUUAUGAUAGUUGGAUCCAAGUUAGACGAUGUAUUAGCUGUGUCAAUCCCAACAAAACAAGAUCUCAUUGAUGAAGCUGUUUCUUCAGUGAGCAAAGAACCUCUUUCACAACAGAAAGUGCAUAGGAAAGUUUUAGAUAAAGGUAUUCCAGAGGACGUGAUGCCAGGAAUACUAGAUAGUAAGGAACCUUUGCCUGAAUUUCCAUUAGCUGGAAUGUUAAACAAAUCUGGAGGGAAAGUUAGAUUAACAUUUAAAUUGGAGCAAGAUCAACUUUGGAUCGGUACAAAAGAAAGAACAGACAAAAUACCUAUGAAUUCAAUAAAGGGUGUUCACAGUGAACCUAUUCACGAUCAUCCCGAGUAUCAUAUUAUGGCAAUACAAUUGGGCACUACGGAAGCAUCAAGAUAUUGGAUAUAUUGGGUCCCUGCACAGUACAUAUCUGCUAUCAAAGACGCUAUUCUUGGCAAGUGGUGUUACUUCUGAUUGAUUCGCUGGAAAUUUCAGUUUCUGUGAAAGCAAAAUUAAAUCAAGUGUAAACAUUGAUACAAAUACUGCUGUUCCAUCGACACAAAAACUGUCAGCUAGUCACACACAUUUUUAACAGUAAGUAAUAAUUUAUUUUGAGUUGCAUUAUAUUCAUCGAGAAUACAAUAAAUAUAGUCUAUCUUGCUAAGAAAAUAAUUUAGGUAACAAUAAGUCUUGAUUUAGAGAGAAAAAAAUGUAAUCACACUAUAUAUGCCAAUGUUUUAUAUUUUCAUAGCCAAGAUUUAAGUGUACUCUGAAUUUUCUACACAGCUGAAUGUAAGUUAGACAGUCUUUUACACAAGAACUGUGAUUAGUGGAACUUCCAUAAUAAUGUGUUGUGAUAAUAUUAUAUGCGUCUUUGAAUUUAUGAUUAAAUUUUUUGUUUUUA